AUGGCGAGUGUCGCUGCCUCCCUGGAGAACAUCUUCGCGCCGGUGCUGCUCGGCACGUGGUUCAACGCGAUGGUUUACAUGCUCGAGCUGGUCCUCGCCUACCGGUUCUUUUCGAAUAAACAACUGCGCUCCCCUGGCGCAAACACCACCCUCGUGCGCUGGGUGGUCAUCUUUCAGCUGUUUAUUGACACUGUGGGGACAAUGGGCGCCUCGGCAUAUGCUUAUAUCUUUCUCGUCACGCACUGGGGUGACCUGGGCUUCUUGCUCAACACGACGAAUCCGUGGCCCAGUGGUAUCUAUUGCAUCACCUCGGGGCUCAGCGGGUUCACUGUCCAGCUGUACCUAAUCUGGCGCUACGGAAUUCUGUCCGCAAACUCGGGCCGGUCGAACGGCUAUCUUGUGUGCAGCGCCCUGGUGUUUACAGCGCUGGUGGGGCUCGGCGGCGCGCUUGCUGCGGGAGUAAUUGCCAUUGCUUAUGGCAGCCCCACGCACAGUAUGCGGAGGACUAUCAGGCCCUUGUCCAUGGUGUGGAUCAUUUCGUCUGUCGUGACCGACAUAGGCAUCGCCGUAGCGCUGGUGGUUCAACUCCGUUCCUUCAAGAGCUCGUUCAAGCGCACCCGCUCUGUCAUCCACCGACUCAUCGUCGGCGCGAUCCAAACAGGCACCGCCACAUCCUUAGUGGCAACGGUGGUGCUGCUUACGUUCCUCGUCUGGCCCAACACCACUAUUUCGUUUGCGUCAGGCUUCUUCCUGGGCCGCCUCUACGGCUGCACACUGCUUUUCAACCUGCUCACCCGCCGCAUGGGCGACGCAGGGGACUCUACUGAGCGCUCCGAUGACCACCUCAGCUUCUCCGGCUCACGCAUGGCCACCUCCGGGGCGCGUGACCGCGAACGCGGAACAAGGCUGGACACGCUCGGCAGCGGCAUCCACGUGCAUCGCAUCGUGCAGGUCGACAAGGACGGCGAGAUCCGCAGCGCCGGUACAGACGCGAAGGACGUUACGGUCCAUAUCGGCGACCGGGAUGACGUGAGCGUCGGGGAUUCGGACCGCAAGGCGCGCAUCCCUGAGGUCAUUUAG